AUGGCUCCACCCUCGCUCCACGUCGACCUGGACGCCGCCAAGGAGACCUUUGCCUCCGCCCCGUCGGCCCUCAAGCUCCCGACCUCCUUCGACGAUUCGAACACGCUCCACAUCGGCAUCAUCGGCUGCGGCCGCAUUGGCCAGCUGCACGCCGCCAACAUAGCCAAAAAGAUCCCUGGCUGCGCCCUGAUCUGCGUGUCGGACGUCUUCGAGUCGGCCGCGAUCAAGGUCGCGCAGACGUACAAAGUCCCCAUGGCCUGCAAGGAUGCGAAGGAUCUCAUCGCCAACCCCGCCGUGCAGGCCGUCAUCGUGUGCUCGCCGACGGACACGCACGCUGAUAUCAUCCGCCAGGCCGCGACCGCGGGCAAGCACGUCUUCUGUGAGAAACCCGUGGACAAGCACCUGGAGGUCAUCGAUGAGCUGGCCGUCGUCAUUAAGGAGGCGGGCGUCAAGUUCUUCCUAGGCUUCCAGCGCCGCUUCGACAAGCACUUCCUGCGCGCCAAGGAGGCGAGGGAGUCCGGCUAUCUCGGCAAGCCCCUCAAGUUGCAUCUUGUCGCGAGGGACCCCUCCCCGCCCCCGAUCGGCUAUCUCAAGCAGUCGGGUGGCAUCUUCUCCGACAUGUCCUCGCACGACUUUGACAUGGCACGCUUCCUCACGGGCUCGGACAUUACGGAGAUCACCGCCAUCGGCAUGGCCGACGAUCCGGAGAUCGCCGCCAUUGGCGACUACGAUCACACCAUUCUCAACCUGCGCUUUGCCAACGGCUGCAUUGGCGUGAUCGAUAACUCCCGCUCGUCCCCCAUGGGCUACGAUCAGCGCGCGUCGUUUCUGGGCAGCGAGGGCAGUGUACAGGUGGACAACGUCUUCCCAAAUACCUGCGACACCAGCGACAAGGGUGGGUGCCACACGGAUGCUCCGCUCAACUUCUUUAUGGAAAGAUAUGCCGACGCUUAUCUGCAGGAGAUGAUUGCGUUUGUUGACGUUUGCGUCAAUGACAAGCCCGCCCCAUGUGGCGUGGCGGACGGCAGGUUAACAGUGAUUUAUGCCGAGGCGGCGAGGAAGAGUCUCAAGGAGAAGAGGACGGUUACGAUAGCCGAAGUUGACAAGGCCUCAGCUUCAGGAACGGAGGCCAAGGCUCGCUACUAGGCGUUUGCUGGAGCGCGAGGGGUGGGAUCUGAGCGGGAGGGUGAAAUGGUAGAAUUUGGAUUGUAAAGCCUGGCAGUACAUGUAUGGCGAAAGUGAAUGGUUAUUAUAAAACCGGAAGCCGUGUUGGCUGUGCGACGUCAUGCUGGGAAGUCUAAUUCAAUUGGGGGAGAAAUGACGCAAAACGGCCUCAAAGUAAAAGUCAACCUGCAUCCCAUGGGCACAUGCUCAGUCUAUGAGGUGAGAGGUAAUGCGAGUUGCACAUGCGUUGCACACAG